AUGCUGAAUGACACUGACCUUAAGAAACUCAACAACGACCUGAAGGCAAUCACCCAAACGAGCAAAACAUACCAAAACAAUAUGCAGAUUGUAUUCGAGCGCUUUCAAGAUCUUCUCGAGCAAUACAACUCCUUGAAGAGUGACUAUGAGGAGGAGAAGGAAGGUCGUGAGAGAUACAAGAGACAGGCAAAAGCUCAAGACCGCAAUCCAUUUGUACUGGUACUUAUUGACGGUGAUGGCUACAUGUUCAAAGAAGACUUGAUCAGGGCUGGCGCAGAAGGUGGAGUUAGAGCUGCCCGACUUCUGAGCCAUUCGAUCAAAGCACUCCUGCCUCCCGAUAUACCAGAUAGUUGCCCUAUUAUGGUCCGCAUAUAUGCAAACGUUUUUUCCUUGAGCGCUGCCCUAGCUCGUGCGAAUCUUAUUGACAAAGAAGCGCGAUCUUUUUCAAAGUUCGCAUCAUCAUUUACUCAUGCACAGGACUUGUUUGACUUUGUUGAUGUGGACACGAAGAACGAAGGAGCAAAAUCCAAGAUCCGAGAAAUGUUUCAUCUUUUCGCCGAUAACCACCAGUGCAAGCACAUAUUUUUUGGAGGAUGUCACGAUGUGGCAUACUUGUCGAUAUUGGCACCAUACCGAAAUGGGACAAAUCACAUCACUCUUCUCAAGACCGCAAAUAUGAGUGCCGAAUAUGAAACUCUUGGGCUCUCCCUGAAAGAAUUACCCUCGGUUUUCAUGUUUACGCCCCUUGAAGAUAAUCAGUCACCGCCAAUUCUACCUGACAAGCCCAUCUGCACACACUUCUUUAAGGGGAUUUGUAAAUUCGGUGCUUCGUGUACGAAGUCACAUGUUUUCUCAGCAGGGCUUAAAUUCAAGAUUAAUGAGAACCCGUUCAAAUUACUGAGCAAAUCACCAAACAGACCUCUGUCAAGGAAUUUGUCAAUCCCCAGUCGCAAACAAAGUUAUGCCAAACUGCUCCCCAAAGGAAGCGGAAAUACCACCAAACGCAUCCCAGUUGACAAAGACGGAGGUCGUAUUGACACAUACACACCGUCACCGUCCGGCGAAUUGUUUGCAAAAUACAAAGACCUAUCCCCGCGUCCCUGCAAUAAGCAUCAUUUGUUGGGCGAGUGCAAGGAAAUCGGUUGCCAGUUUGACCAUGGCUACAUGGAAUCAGAAUUGAUCGAUGUCAUGAAAUACCACACAAAACGACGCCAGUGUUUGGACGGUCGCGGGUGCAAGUCCUUAACUUGUGUCUAUGGACACCAUUGUCAAAUUGACGGCUGCAUGGGUGGAAGCCCUUGUAAAAUGAGUCGUGCCUUUCAUAACUUCGACCCACGUGUGGCUCAGUGGGUUGAACCAGAUGUCUCCACAGAAGAUUCAGACGUAGAGAAGUUUGAAGCAAUUUGGAAUGGUACUGGUGGUAAUCGGACUGAAGACCAAUCUUCCCAAUCAUUCUCAGCAGCUGAAACUACGAAUAAGAAUACGAGCCCGGACCUGCUGGAAACUGAGGGGUCAGCAUCAACCUUUUCGAUUGAAUGGUAA